AUGGAUAUAAACAAUUAGAGCGACUAAAACCAAGAAAAAUACACUUCUCCUAAAAAGGUCAACUAUGACUUUAACCUGAGUGAGGAUCUGAAUACAAGCAAUCAAAAGUUAGUUAAGUAGAAACCAUCUUAGGAGGCACCAUAUAUUGACAUUGAAUUAGACAAUUGGAAUGUCUUAUAGAAGCUUAAAGAAUAUCGAAAGAAAGAUAAGAAAAUAAAGGGAAGGGUUGAUACUGAAUUGAGUCAGAGUGCUAAGCAUAGCAACGAGGAUAGAGGCAAGCUGGAUCAGGAUAGAUCAAAGAGCAACAGGAUCAUUCAAUCAGAUAAUUCCUCAUCAUCAAAGGAAUAGGUAAAUAAGAUAUUAGAAGAGUUAGAAAAAAUUCAGAAAGUAGAUAGCAUAAAGACAAAGUCAAAAGCUCUCAAGCUUAAGAAAAAUGUUCUCGAUGGAAAAAACAAAGGUGUAAUGAUUAAUGAGGACUCGACAGAAAAGAGCUACUUUGGAAAUAAUGCUGAGAAUUACUUAGAUACUCAACGGAGAAUCAACAUAGGCGUGACAGGAAAUGAAUCAGUUACAAAAGUUAAUUCCUUUGAUGGUCAUAAGGAUGAGAAGUUAUCAUCCCAUUCUAGUGAGAGCUAACCCAAAAAAUAAGGCUGCUUCAAAAAGGUGAAGGGAUGCUGUACUAAAUUAGGUGAAUCAUUGAAUAAAGUACUUAAUAUUUCAUAGCCAUCUGAAGGGAAUAUAUGGAUAGAAUCGAUCCUUAAAAAUAGGUAAGAGUUCAAGCCUUGGAAAGAAAUGAAUAAAAUUGAAAGGAAGGAGAAGAUAAAGUAUUUGUGGGGACAGAUAAGAAGAUAUUUCUGGUAGUAAGUCAUCAUCAUUAGAAUGAAGACUGCAUUGUAAAGUGAAGUUAGAGUUGAGCUUGUUGAUGAUGACAGAGGAGAUGAAGGAAAUAGUGACGAUAACCUAGCAUCAUUCUAUCCAUAGAUAAAAGCUAAAUGGUAUUUGAUAAAUGAAAGCUAUACAAUGCCUUAAGCUUGGUCAUUCAUGAUGUACAUCUUCACUAUAUACACACUGUUUGCAACCCCUUAUAUAGGGUAUUUCAUAUUUGAUUUCUUGUCAGUUGUACCAUCAUACAUAUCAUAUGAAUCAAAGUCAUUAUACAUUUUCAAACUAGCGAGAUUUGUCCAUACUAACAGGCUUUUCAGCUUAUUCAAAUUUAUACUGGUUAAAUUUUUACUUAAUCGAGGAUACAAUCGUAUGAAGGUUUAAGAUUAUGCGAGCUUGUUGACUCUCAUGAUAUUUGUUAUAUUCAUAACACAUAUACUGGCUUGUAUUUGGAUCUAUUUUGGUAGAUUCGAUGAUUAACUGCCACGAGAACGACGGAAAACUUGGAUAUAUAAAGAUCCGACAGCGUUUGAUGAGACGAAUUUAAUAUCAUUGUACAUUUUUUCCAUAUACUUCAUUCUAUAAACUUUGACCACAGUUGGUUAUGGAGAUCAUACUGGAUGUGUUAGAGACGAAUACAUUUUUUGUAUGUGCUUAGAGUUUAUUGGAUUGAGUUUAUUCUCAUUUUUAAUGGGUAGCAUUAACAACAUGAUAAGCAAGGAUGAUAGCUUUGAAAGUUUGUUAGAUUAGAAAAUUUCAAUGCUGGAUAUUUGGAUUAAGAAAAUUGAGAAGUCAAACAAGCCUAAUUUUAUACCACCAGAAUUAUAUAGCUAAAUAAAAAAAUAUGUACAGGAUGCUUUCCUUCAUGACUUUAAUUUGAUCAUCGAAGAAUUCCCAUUUUAUCAUCAAUGUUCGCCUAAGAUGCAAUCCGAGCUCACCUAGAUCAUCUUCAAAGACUUUUAAUAGCAAUUCAAUCACUUUUUUUAGUACUGUGAGAGAGGAUUCAUCAAUGAAUUCAUUAUCAAUAUGUAUUGCAGAAUUUACUAGCCAGAGACUACAGUUGUUUAGUAUGGCUAAAAGUUAAGAGAAAUUUUCUUCAUAAGAGAAGGAUGCGCUUUGAUGUAUAAUAAAUUUGAAGUAAAAGAUUUUAUGAUGCUCCCUUAAUAUGGAGUAUUUGGGGAUUACUAAAUUAUUUAUGACCUGAAAUCAAAUAUUACAAUGAAAACUCCACCUACUGGGUAAGAUGUCAGAUUUAUGUGCAUAAGCAAAAAGGUGUUUUUAAACUUAUGCGAACUUUUCCCAACAACAGCUGAAAAUCUAAGAGUAUUAUCACUAAAGAGAAGAUAUCACUUCAUUCAAGCUAUGGAGUUAUAGGAUAUGAGCAGUCCAUUGAAAGCUCUUCAUAGAUCAAUUAAGAAAAGAAUUAAGCAGAAAGCGGAUGAUGACUCUAAGAAUCCGUCACCUCAUCAAACUAGUCGUAAGGAAAGUAUUCUAAGUGAUUAAAUAGAAAUUGUUGAUGAAGAUGCGCUUGAAUAAUUCUUUUCUGACGAGGAACCAAAAUUAAGUAUUGAAGAUGAAGAGACUCCAGAAGUUGUUAUUAAAAAAAUCAGCAAAAAGACAACUAGGAUCAAUCUCUCAAUGAAUACUUGCUUAAGACACAUGGACUAUAACUUUGACUUGCUCAAGAAAUACCUAAAAGAAGGAAGAUCUAAAAAUCCAGAGUCAGUAAAGCUUAAAAAUUAGGUAACUGUGCUAUCCGGAGUAUUUUAAUCGACCAAUGUGAUGAGAAGCACUACUUCUUAAGUCACAAGUCUUAAUACAACGAUCAACAGACAUUUGGAGAAGAAAAAUUACCUACUUAUUAGAAUGAGCAGCAGAAAUAGCAACCGUAAACUAUUCCUAAAAUAAGCUUUUUCAACAUGGAUAAUGAAAAUAAGUAACUAAAAUGAUUUAAAACAUAGAAAAAUAUGA